GCAGGAUAAAACCGCAUCACGGCGAGGCUGCAUCCAAACCUCCGCGGAGCAGAGCAGAGUAGAGUAGAGGACGGCUCUACAUUAAUAAACAUCCAGUUUUAUAAAGAAUUAGUUUAUCAAAACUGCGGUUUAUUAAAGCGGUUCGGUUUCUAAAGGUCUGAUUGAGGAUGACUGAGACGACCCUUGAGCCCACCAUGGUGGAGGACGUGUUUGAUGAGUCCUACAGGGAGAAGAAAGGGCCCAAACCUCCUAUGGUGAUCGUGUGGAGAAACGUGGUGCUGAUGAGCCUCCUGCAUCUAGGAGCCGUUUACGCCCUGUUCCUCAUCCCGUCCGCCUCGCCGCUCACCCUGCUUUGGGCUCUGCUGUGUUUUGUGUUCAGCGCUCUGGGUAUAACAGCCGGAGCUCACAGACUGUGGAGUCAUCGCUCUUAUAAAGCCUCACUGCCGCUCCGCGUCUUCCUCACCUUCGCCAACUCCAUGGCCUUCCAGAACGACAUCUACGAGUGGGCUCGAGACCACAGAGUUCAUCAUAAAUACUCGGAGACCGACGCGGACCCCCACAACGCCGUGCGGGGCUUUUUCUUCUCUCACAUUGGCUGGCUGCUGGUCCGUAAGCACCCAGACGUCAUCGAGAAGGGAAGCAAGCUGGAGCUCAGCGACCUGAAGGCAGACAAGGUGGUCAUGUUUCAGAGAAGAUUCUACAAGCCGUCAGUGCUGCUGAUGUGUUUCGUGGUCCCGACGGUGGUCCCAUGGUUGCUGUGGAACGAGUCUCUGUGGGUCGGGUUUUUCAUUCCCACCCUGAUGAGAUACGCGCUGGGGCUUAACGCCACCUGGCUGGUCAACAGCGCCGCCCACAUGUGGGGGAACCGACCCUAUGACGUCAACAUUAACCCCCGAGAGAACAGAUUCGUCACCUUCAGCGCUAUAGGCGAGGGCUACCACAACUACCACCACACCUUCCCCUACGACUACUCCACCAGCGAGUAUGGCUGGAAGCUCAAUCUCACCACCUGCUUCAUCGACCUGAUGUGCUUCGUGGGUUUGGCCCGGGAGCGUAAGCGGGCGGCUCGAGAGGUGGUCAGAGCCCGAGUCCAGCGCACGGGAGAUGGCAGCCACAGGAGUGGCUAAGAGUGUUUGUCUCGACUGCAGCAGUGGAAGUUUUGGCGAGGCGCGUUCUGAAGACGUCUUGUCUCUAGCGCCCCCUGUGUUGUGGAGGCCGGAGCGCUGAGUUCCUCAGCAGACGAGCCAAACCCCCUCCAACGGACUCAAUCACAUGACGAUUGUAUAUCAGGAACACUGCAGUCUGAAAAUCUGAACUCUAAAUAAGACACGUAACAAAUUAAACUUGCGAUGCUCCACAUGGUGGAACAUCUGCAGUUCUGUAAUGAGCUUACUGCUGUAUGUAGAUGAUAUGAAUUCAUAAUGAUGGAGAUAUAUUCUGGAAGACGUUUAAAAACUGUUAAAUCUGUUGCAGGUUGGAGUUUGGAGGGUUUUUUUCUUUAAUUAUUAUUUAAGUGUAUAAGAUGACUCUGCUGAAGAAGCAGCAGCUUCAAACACACUAAAUUACAUGCUGAACCACCAAGCGGCCUUUAAUUCAGUCUGGAGUUAAAGCUGAUCUACAGCUGCUGUACCAGCCCCAGGUUUUUAAAGGGAAACUCCACCUGUUUCUCCAAAAUGCCCCCAUAAUUAAGCACUGAGAUGUAAAUAGAGUGAUUCAGAGAGGUUUGGUGUGAAAUGGUUCAGAUGUCAUUACAGUGGUGGUGAUGGGAACCA